AUGAAUGCACAAACACAACAAGAUUUUCUGCCAACUCAUGGACAGUACGCUCCUCAGUAUUCAGACCAGGUUGAGGUUGAAGAGCAGAUAUCAUAUAGUGGGAACUCAAUGACAUCUGACCCAGUGACACCGGCCCCUGAAGGCUUUCCAUAUGUCAAGGAGUUUGACCAGCUCAUGGAGUGCUAUGUUCGAAAAUCGACUAAAAGGCCUUUAAUACCCUCAAAAGAGGCAGGACUGAUCAAAGAAGUGCUUCUUAACUCUGAAGACACAUCCAGAGUGUCAGCAAAAUUUCGAGAUUGGGUGAAAAAAUCAUUCACACUCAAACCGAACAAUAACCAGACACAAAAAAAAGAACACUUAAUCUGCAGCAACGGAAAACCUAUUGUAAUUCAAGAGAAGUUCUUUAAAGUUCUGACAAGAGCACAUCAGCAAUGCCAACAUAAAGGCCAGACUAAAACUGCAGCUCAAGCUAGAAAGACAUAUUCUCGAAUCCCUGAGAAACUAGUUGCACAAUUCAUAGGAAUAUGCCCAACAUGUAAAUCAGCAGUAUCUAGUGCCUUCAGCGCCAGCGCCCAUCCCAAUGAAGAUUGGACAAAGAUAUCAGACUUGGCUGGACAACGGCGCAUACAAAAUCGAAUUGCUCAACGAAAGUACCGCAAAAAGCUAGAGCAACAACAUGUUGAGAGUUUGAAACAAAACAUCGCUUCUUCCUCAGCAUCUCUAGGACAAUCAAACAGGAAGCUCAUCCCUGCCCCAUCAAAAGUGAAGAAGUCUCAGUCUUCUUCACAGCAGCCCCUCACCAUGGAAAAGAACAAGGCUACAGAUGACCAGAACACAUCAAUGAUGAUGGUUCCGACUGAGUCACAAGAGGAGCAGGAUGUCAGCAUGUUCUCUGAUCAAUCAAUACUGCAACUGUUUGCCUCUUCCUCACUUACUUUUGCCGAUGAAUCAUACUCUUCAAACUACAGCUACUCACAAUAUUCCCAAGAAUCAACAUACUGCCUUGUCUGAUCCCAACCACCGAACCUCCACCCUCUAACUACUACAUUCAACCACUGUCUUCACAACUUGCUCAGGAACUAGUUUAUAUUCCUCUUUGUUGGGUUGCGCCUCAGCUUUGUCGCUGAUCCUUCUUGGGGUUGGAUAGAAUCUACUUCGGUAGGUAGGUGUUGACUAAUCCAUAUCAAGGUGCUUAUGUG